AUGAGUGGAAUUGGAGAGGGUUCAAAGAGAGCUAAAUUGCCAAACUUUUCCACUGAGGAAGAUGUUGCUCUAUACCAUGCAUACCUAGCAAUUAGUGAAGAUCCAAUUAUUGGAAACUCCCAACAAGCUAAUGCAUUUUGGGCUGGGAUUCAUAAACAAUUCUUUGAAUUGUGCCCCUCCAAUCGAACUUCUAACAGCCUCAAAUGCCGAUGGAAUUUCAUUCGGCCACGAUGUCAAAAGUAUUGGGAGUGUCUCGUUGAAGCGGAUAGGAAAAAUAAAAGUGGAUCCAGUGAGCUGAAUAAGGUGGACCUAGCAAAAACUUUGUACCAUGAGAACGGCCCUCCUUUUCGUUUGGAUCAUUGUUUUGCAGUUUUGAAGAAUGCAAUCAAGUGGUCAACCGGUGAGAGUGUUCCAGAGACCCACUACAAUAGUGAAAUCCCAAGGCCAAAAAGGAGGGCAAUAGGAAGGAAGGCUGCUAAAAUUGCCAAACAAAAAGGCACUGCAGAUAGUGAAAGCUGUGUUAAAUACAACUCUGCACUCUCAUCGUUCAAUGCAAGACGUGAAACAAUGGAUGAGUAUAAAGUCAUGUUGGUAGAAACAAAGGAUAUGACUCCAAAUAGAAAGGCGUAUUGGAAAUACCAGCAAAAAAAAAUUAUGAAUGCAUGUCAAGCUUCUCGGGUUUUAGAGUUCGAUGAUAAUGUGUAUCGUCCUGACCCCCCUCCUGGGUUUGACCAAGAAUGA